UGAGAUUUAUUAAUAAAUUGCCCUAAGGAAAAAGGUGGGUGUAAUUAGAGGCACCCGGAGCCAUGUCCAUCGUGGGCUAGGGUUUCAUUCAGCAAUCACAGACUAUCGGUCUCGCACAACUGAAAACGGAGCUGCGAAAAACAUGGCAUUUUGGAAUCGAAUCAAGCCAUUGAAGCUGAAAACCAUCUCAAUCCGGUUCGAAAGAUGCUAUUUUGAAAUCCCUAGACCUUGUUUAGCCAAUCACAUUUGUUCGCGUACAAGAAUUUUUGUUCUUGAUAAUCCAAAUUCGGUUAUUCACAAGAGCCACAUCGAGUUUUCCAACUCUGUGAGGUUCUUCGCUGCCCCGAUUCAGGCAAAGCCGAAGCAGGAAGAGAAAGACACGAGCGGGCCACGGUUGAAUGAGCAAAUUAUGGCGGAGUUUGUCAGGCUUGUGAGCGAUGAAGGGCAUAAUGUAGUGUCAAGGCGUGAAGCUCUAGAAUGUGCAAGGAUUCGCAAUCUUGAUUUAGUUGAGGUUCAGCGAAAUGCUAAACCACCUGUUUGCAAGCUCAUGGACUACCAUAAGGAGAAGUAUAAUCAACAAGUAAAGGAAAAAGACCGUGCUAAAAGCAAGUCUGAAGUGACUUUACGGAAAGGAGAUUGCAAAGAAGUCCGGUUUUCUGGUAAAACGGAACAAAAAGACCUUCAAAUGAAAGCAAAUACAGUUAAGAGAUUGAUGGAGCGUGGUUAUCGGGUGAAGUGUAUGGCUAUGGGUACUGAAGAGCAGGACUUGGGAGGAUUGUUAUCUCGUCUCUCUGCUCUGAUUGAAGAUGUUUCUAUCAUAGAAAGCGGACCCAGAGUUGAAAAAAAACAAGCAUAUGCUAUUGUCAGGCACAUCAAGUUUGGCCCAUCGAAGAAAGGCUCAGGAAAGAAAGCUUCCAAAGUUGUUGAUGCCACAAGUCCUGAGGUUCAAAAGGUUGCUACUCUCAAUCGAAGUCCCGUCCACUCUAAGGAUAUUACAGAAUCGGGAUCAGAAACAGAGGAUGAAAGCUUUUCUGAAGAGGUGGAUACACCUAUUGCCCGUAACAUGACAAAGCCAGAUAAUGAUAUUGACAAGAAAAAUCCCACCUGGUCAGUUGUUGAUGCAAAUGAUGAUUUUGACAGUGCUUUUGGUAUUAUUAGGGGUGAUGCAACGAUUGCAAAAAGUUCUAGAGAUGUGCAAAUGAAAAUUGAUUCUACAGAAACUGUUCCAUCUUCCCUGUCGGAGGGUCUGCCAGGGAUGGAAAAUAGGUACAGAAGGGAGCCAAGGAACACGUACCCACCUACAAAACCAAGAGAUUCAAUGAGAUCGGUUCCCCAACUUCCAAACCAACACAGGCUACAGCAAUUUGGUUUGAAUGCCUCACCAUCAAGAAGAGAAACUGAGCGAGUGGAAACAGAUGGCUCCCUAUUUGGAAACGUGAAAGUUCCUGCUAAUGAUAUUCCAAAGCAAGAACAGUUUCGCCUUCGUUCUCCCGGCUCCCCGGUGCCUAGCUUUGGGAUUUUUAGCGCUCCAAAAGUCAAUGAUACAUCUGAAAAAAAUGGUGUCCCAGCGGCAGUCAAUAGGUACCAGAAGGGAAAUUCUUUUGAUUCAACAAGACAGCCUAGGCCUCGAGGGGUUUCAGCAAAUCCAAACUCACCCUUAUCAAAUUCCAGUGGUAGUGGAAGGUCAGGCAUUGAUAACGGUGGACAAGGGAAAUGGGGAAUAUUCAGUGGAGAGAGCUCGAAUGUGAUGACCAGCAGAAUCCAUGAUAGCCAAGCUAAGGCUCAAUGAUAAUUCUGUGGCGACAAUUCAUAAUUCAGGAUCCUCGUUUACUUGUGGGUCGUGAGAUGCUCAUAUUCGAGCAUUAUAGAAUGUGUUAUUUGAAGCAUGGCCUGGUUUGUAGGUGCUGCAAAAAUUUCACAUGUUUUUGUAGGAAAUCAAUUUACUGAUAUGUAAGCUGAUUACUCUUGAUAUUUAUAUGCAAUUGAUGUACAAUUCAUUUUUUUGGUGUUUUGGAUUUUUCUUUUAUGUGUGUAAAUGGACGAUUUGUAUACAAACCAUAUAAUAAAACUGGAUUUGGAAGUGCUCUCA